AUGAUAACAGGAGGCUCUUCCGGCAUCGGCUAUGCCAUCGCCGAGCGUUUCCUGCAAGAAGGCGCCAGUAAGGUAAUUCUCGUUGGGCGACAACUUGAAAAACUUCAAGAUGCCUCGAGGCGCUUGUCUGAGUCGAUGCUUGGUCAGGCAACUUAUAACGGAGACGGAGAAAUUGCUACGCGCGCGCCGGAGGAUGAUAGGGAGGUGGAAGCAAAUCCGAGAGUCGGAUUUGUAGUCGGGGAUGUCUCUGUGGCCAAUGAGUGGAUGAGCGAACUCGAGAAAGAAAUGGCAAACGUAGACAUUCUAAUAAACUCGGCGGGAAUAUCCAUGCCGAACCUGCUCUCCAGAACAUCGACAGAUAACAUUUCACAAAUGCUCAAGAUAAAUCUCGAAGGCUCAAUAUACACUUGUCGAGCAAUGCUAAAAGCGUGUAUGCGUGCACGCCUGAAGAGGAAAAAUGCCCCAGUCAACUCGAAGGAAACAAGCAAUGGCAACUCUCCGCCGGUAUCAAAAUGCAUCAUCAACAUCUCCUCAUUACUAGCAUUAAAAGGAGUGACUGGGACAGUCACAUAUGCAGCUUCAAAAGCCGGACUACUGGGGUUAACAAAGACCAUGGCCGUCGAAGCCGGAGACGUGUUGAAAGGGAAUACGCCGAUGAUUCAAGAUUUUAGCAACGAUAGAGUCAACGCUCUACGAGCUCUGAUCCCCAUCAACAGAUUUGGCCAUCCUGAAGAAGUUGCUGAUGCUGCAGUCUUUCUUGCCACGAAUGAAUACGCGAACAAUUGCGUUUUGAACCUUGAUGGCGGCUUGAGCGCGGUGUGA